AAAACAACCCCUAAAGUAGUCCUUUAGAUCACCUAUCUCUACAUUAUUUCCCCACGUAGCAUUCUAAAACAAAAUGUUCCCUGUUUAAAAAUCUUUCAGUAGCCACCUGUUACCUCCAGGAUAAAAAUAAAUUCCUGAGCCUGGCUUUUGCCUGUAUUUCCUUCUGCAUAUUCUAUCUAUUAGCCUAUGUCUUUCCUUCUACAUUCCAGCUCUACAGGACUACUUGAAGUGAUCCAAGUGUGCCCUCUCUUCUGCCUGAAAUAUUAAUCUCUCUCUCUCUCUCUUCCUGCAUUUAGAAUGUGCUUUGGUUUCAUUUCCCCAAGGAAGCCUACUCUGGACGCUUCCCAUCUUGACCCUAUGUUACUUUGACAAGCUCCCCUAUAGCCCUGAACCAUCUCUCCAGUAGUUAAAUUUCUCCUGUCUCCAGAGGGAAUCCUUAUGUAGAAUUUUGUCUUUUUCUUUAUAACCAGGCACUGCACAUUAUAUGGGCACAGUAAGUAUGGGCUUCAAUAAAUUGAAGAAAGGAAAGAAGGAAAGAAAGGAAAAAAUGAGGAGAGGAAAAAAGAAACUUUUACCUUAUUUUCCUCUGAAUAAAGAAAUAACCUGUGAGAUUACAAGGAAUAAUUAUACAAAUCUUAUUACUAGUAUGAGGCCUUGUCCAUGGAAGACAAUAUAUAUAUUUGUAGCUUUGAAUCUUUCCCUAAAUAAGUACCACUUAAGUACUUAGAUUAAUACAAAGAGUCAGCACCAUAGAAAAAAGGUACUUUUUUCAAAACUGACUUUAAAUGAUGUACUUUGUCCCUGAGCAACAACAGUGUUCAAGCAAGAAAUUCUCUACCUGGGUGUCCUGGGGAACAACUACUGUGGCACUUGGGGAAAGUCAUUUUCUUCCAAAGUAUCACUCUCUCUCUCUGCCUGUCGUCAUACAGCCACGUUUCUGCUGUGGCUGGACCUGGAGCGUGUUGAGCCAGUCACAUUAUCCCACAAUGUGUUUGAGCCCCAGGAUGCAGAGAGACUGACUCACUGGAACAGGUAAUUAGGAAGCCAGAGGACAUGAGACAGGAGAGGAAAUCUAACUUAUUGCUCCCUGGAGAGCUCUGAAUCAGUGGGGAAGAGAACUAAGAUGGGAAAUUAAAUUAUCUGUAUGCUCUUCUCUCUAAAAUUAUUUAGUCUGCCCCCUUUUCACUUAGAAAACAUAUGCUGUGAAUGCAACAAUUUUGCUUCUGCUCCUAAAGAGUUGGCAGCUGAGAGCAAUUUCUUGAAACACCUGGAAAGGAUAGAACUAGCUUUAGGAUAUCUGCUAUUCCACUAAGAACAACUACUAUAGAGUUCAGGAAGGAAAGGCGAUGUCCAGAAGCUCUUAGUACCUUCUGGCAAACAUAAUCACAUAUCUAGUUAGGUGCAUAUAUCCAUAGAGGAUAUUCUCACAAGUCAAGGACGUAUUCUGGCCUUUGCGUUAACAAAAUUCAAGGGCUUAAAAACAUCUUAUGUAGAUACAACUACUUUCUGGGCUUUUCACUUACAUCCUGCUGAGCCAACAUGGAGAUUUAUGGAGUUAAAUCCAUUGCAGAAGCAGAUUAAGCUUUGCCUUCAUGCUUAUGGAUUCAUGUUGGAUGUUUGUUGACUAAAGAGUAGUGACCCAGGCAGAAAAUACAAUUAAUUUAUUCAAGAAAUAUUUGAUGGAUGCCUAUUUUAUUACAGACAUUGUUCUGAACACUUGAGAAUAAUGUGGUUUAAAAGCCUGUAUCUUACAUUUCUGAUCUUAUUUAUAAUUUCUGACACAUUUCUGGUCUUAAAAAAAUUAUUCUAGAGGUGGUACAGUAAGUAUAUUUAAACUUACUAAGUAAAUGGGUGAAGAAGUAAAAUAAGGACCAAAGAUAAUUUCAGAUAGUAGUACCAUGAAGAAAAAACAAACUAGGGAAAUGGGGUAAAGAGUGUAUGUAUGUGUGUGGCCGGGGAUGGUUAGCAGAGUGCUUGAGAUAUUUUUCUGGUAAGGUAAUAUUUGAGAUGAGUCUUGAGUUUUGAGAAGGAGGUAGUCCUAUGAAGGUAUGAGGGAAGAACCUUCUAGACAAAUGGAACAGGAGAUUAGAAAAGGAGUAGGAAAUAUUAACAGGGGCAAAAUUAUGUAUGGCCUAGGAGACCAUGGUUAGGCAUUCGGAUUUAUACUGCAGGCCAUGGAGUGAAGCAGGAGAAUGAUGGGAAAUCAUUGACCAAUAUAAGCAGGGAAUGAUGGGAAAUCACUGGACAGUAUGAAGCAGAGGAAUGGUGGGAAACCAUCAGAAGGUAUGAAGAGUGGAAUAAUUACUCUGCUAUGAGGAAAAUGGAUUGUGAGAGGAGAUGGGCAACACAGUAAGCAUGAGCUUGAAUUGGUGUAAGAGUUGCUUGAGAAUUUCAUGUGCAUCAGUUCCCUGGGACUGUUAAAAACUUCCAUGUAUGAAAUCACUUCCUAAGCAUAGCAUAUUAUAAUUCAGUACCUGUUCCUGCAGUCACUUCCCUUCACUGCUAUCACAAAGCUCUCUGCGGCUCCUCAGCAAAAGCCUUCUAGUGUUACUGUGAACCUGAAAAUUGAGAGGAGGUGAGAUCAAGAGUUAGGGAAUUCCGACUGCCUUGCCUGUGAUAAUGUAGUCUGCCCCGGAGUUCACCUCUGCUCUAAGUACUUCUCCCAUCAGUGAAAUUCAACUCCACAGGCCCAGCCUUCAUAAGAUGGUAAAUAUUCCCCUCUAAACUACCCUAGGACUCUGAAAUCCAGAGCAUGCCCAGAGGAGGGCAACCUGGAGUAUGUCCAAGAAAUCUUAAUAGAAGGGGACAAUUUUUUUAGUGGUUGUACGCCAUUGUGCUGUUUUAGAUUGUGUCACAUCACAUAUUGACAGCACAUGCUACCUUCCAAUGGGGAGAAACAAACCAUGUGAUGGAUUACAAAGUAAGUCUGAGGGCCAAUUUCCUGUUGCUUACACUGGUCACCAAAAUUGCUAGUUCUCUCUUGGUUAACCUAUUCUGAGAGAUUUGGUUCUUGAAUUUAAUACCUAUAAUCCAUAGUCUGUAGUUCAGCCCACUUCUGUUCUAAACAACCUGCUUGUAUGUGACUUCUCUUUACACCUUCCUUCCUGAGGCCAGUCAACAACCCUGAAUCAUGCUGACUCAUUCCAUCUAUACCCUGUGUAUCCCAUCACAGCCUACCUCUCUUUCAAGGUUUUACUCAUAUUUCCUUUCUCCCCCUUUUAGCAGACAAAAGGCAAAAUGUUCAAAUCAAAAGUAAAGUUUUACAAGUGAAAGAAAAAUAUGGAAUAGUUUCAGUAAACCCAAAUGAUAUGUGUCAGUGUGUCAAACUCUUGUCAAUCUGAUAUAUUAGUGUUAUGUCUAAAUGUGGGUGUUAAUGUCUUUGGGAUUUACCUUUGCAUAGGGCUCAGUUAGACAAAAUUAAUUGAGAAUGAAAGAAUAGUAUCCUGCCGUUAUGUCAAAAAGCACAAAGUAUGGUUUUAUAAGAUUUCUUUCUGAACAUUUAUGUGUUUAGAAUUUAAGUGGCUUAUUUCUCAGGGUUGGAAAAUUGAUAUAGUACCCAAUAAUUACUCAACAUUUUGGAAAAUAUGUCUCAAAAAGUUUAAUUGUCAUUUUUAAAAGUAUACUUUUAUAAUUAUUUGGUCACAGCUAUAUUGUUUUCUGCCAAAGACCAGGGCAAGAGUAAAUAAGUAGUCUCAACAGUAGAUGAGAAAUUUCAAAGUCAAGAAUUGAGUUUCUAAGCUAAAGAAUGAAUAACAGUUUGAAAAUGGGUCUUGGAUGAUCUGAAACUUUGCUAAUUCCAUCUUUGAAUUGUAUAACAUGGAAAGUAGAUUUGGCUUUAAUAGUUUAAAGAGCCAGAUCAAAUAGAAAGGCUGAUAGUGACCAGAGCGAUUUCAGUCUGGGCCAUUUCAUCUAUUACUUAUCUGACCCUAGGUUGAAAGUGGGCAACUCAGUGGAUAGGAUGUAAAUAAACUUGGAGCACAUGCUUGAAAUGUGACAAUGGAGAAAAAGGGAAUUAUAGAAAAUUGGCCUAUUUCCCAUCUAAGCUCUUUGAUUUUAUUUGAAUAUUAUGCACUUCUCUAAAAAAGCUAUUGCUAGUCAGUUAACUGUAUUCCACAAGGAAAGGAUGAGGUGGGUUUAUACAUGUUCAAUUAAUAUUUGCUAAAUAAGUGAAUGAUGAAUGAAUACAAUUCAGAAAGCAAACUUUUGUAAAAAGUAAUUAAAAUGAGGAUAUCAUUUCUUCAGUUAGAGGAAAAUAAUUUCUUCAUGUAUAAGUAGGAACUGUUAUGUGAAAGACACCAAAUAAUUAUUAUGCUCCUCUUUUCUCAUUUAACAAAAUUGUAAUUAAUAAUAAUCAAGAAUAAAUUUCAAUGUGUGGCAAAAACAUCUUGAUAAACUGGAAUUGGGGAUUUGUAGUAACACCAGUGUGUUUGUAGUUCAAGAGCCAUGUAACGAUAUCACUGAUACCAGGUAGAAAUAUUAAAGACUUACUGUAAGACCUGUCACAGUGCCAAAGGGAUGUUAACAUCCCAUGAAAAAUGGCAGUUCCUGAGGCAUCAAAAUAUUCUGGAAAAUUAGCAAAGGAAAAGAUUGUUCCCUGAGUAUACAGAGAAAUUGGGCGUUACGGAGUACUGAGGAUUUUAAAGUGGAGAGAAAUGGUCUCUCUGGGAACAGACAGUUCCCAUAUCAUGACUACUGUCACUGCUCCCUGCCAACCCAUUUGGGUAUCACAUGAAAGGUAAACCAUUCCUUUUCAGGUGCACUACAGCAGGAAAGAGCACUGAAUUGGGAGUCAUGAAACCUGGUAACUGUUUCAGGCUGUGGCAAUAAUUAGCUAUAUAACUGAGCUUGUACGAAUCCUAUUUGUUCUGGGCUUCAUUUCCUUAACUCUAAAAUGAGGGCAUUAGGCUGAACUGUAUGUAAGACCCCAAUGUGCCUUCCGCGGUUCUCAUUGCUUCAGCUACUUCUGCUGCCGAGGCUGCUGCUUCUUUUUUCUAAAUGCUCAACUACUACAUUAUUUAAGGUAUAUUUCCCAGUGGUUUUCUUCCUCCCCUUUCUGUCUCUUUCUUCAGUAUGUGGGAUAGGAGGACACUGACUAAGUCUGAGGGGAGGAGGAGGAAGAAAAUUAGCUACAGGAAGGGUUUAUUUCCCCCUGUCCAAGAAAACUUAAAUAUAGCUACUAUUGCCUUGAAAGGAAUGGUUUAUGUCCCAACAGCAUUUUCCAGACGAGCUCAGUGCUUUUUUGCCAGCAGAAUUCACUUUAAACUGAAGGCAGUAGACAGUUAAACAAGAGUCGGCACUGGAAACAGCUGUGAGUAGACAAGACCAGUUACUUAUAAGGAGGCGAUCGGGAUCGCAUGACAGCAAAUCAUGAGAGCUACCUCCUUAUGGCGAGCACCCAGAAUGAUAUGGAGGACUGGGUGAAGUCCAUCCGCCGAGUCAUAUGGGGACCUUUUGGAGGAGGCAUUUUUGGGCAGAAACUGGAAGAUACUGUCCGUUACGAGAAGAGGUAUGGGAACCGGCUGGCUCCCAUGCUGGUGGAGCAGUGUGUGGACUUCAUCCGACAAAGGGGGCUGAAGGAGGAGGGGCUCUUCCGACUGCCGGGCCAGGCUAAUCUUGUCAAGGAGCUCCAGGAUGCGUUUGACUGCGGAGAGAAACCAUCAUUUGACAGCAACACGGACGUACACACGGUGGCGUCACUUCUUAAACUGUACCUCCGAGAACUUCCAGAGCCAGUUAUUCCCUAUGCAAAGUACGAAGAUUUUUUAUCAUGUGCCAAACUGCUCAGCAAGGAAGAGGAAGCUGGUAUUAAGGAAUUAGCAAAGCAAGUGAAGAGUUUACCUGUGGUCAAUUACAACCUCCUCAAGUAUAUUUGCAGAUUCUUGGAUGAGGUACAGUCCUAUUCAGGAGUUAACAAAAUGAGUGUGCAGAACUUGGCCACUGUCUUCGGCCCUAACAUCCUACGCCCUAAAGUGGAAGAUCCUUUGACCAUCAUGGAGGGCACUGUGGUGGUCCAGCAGUUGAUGUCAAUGAUGAUUAGCAAACAUGAUCGCCUCUUCCCCAAAGACGCAGAACUGCAAAACAAGCCGCAAGAUGGAAUAAGCAACAACAAUGAAAUUCAGAAGAAAGCCAUGGUGGGCCAGCUGCAGAAUAAGGAGAACAAUAACACCAAGGACAGUCCUAGCAGGCAGUGCUCUUGGGACAAGUCCGAGUCUCCCCAGAGAAGCAGCAUGGAUAACGGAUCCCCCACGUCUCUAUCGGGCAGCAAAACUAACAGCCCCAGGGGCAGCGUUCACAAGCUGGAUGUCUCCAGGAGCCCCCCGCUCACGGUCAAAAAGAAUCCCGCCUUCAAUAAGGGCAGUGGGAUCGUCACCAAUGGGUCCUUCAGCAGCAGUAAUACAGAAAGUCUUGAGAAAACCCAGACCACCCCCAGUGGGAGUAUACAGGCUAGAAGGACCUCUUCCCUGAAGGGGUCUGGCACCAAAAUGGGUACCCACAGUGUACAGAACGGAACGGUGCGGAUGGGUAUUUUGAACACAGACACCCUUGGGAACCCCAUGAAUGGUCGCAGCAUGAGCUGGAUGCCCAAUGGCUAUGUGACCCUGAGGGAUAACAAGCAGAAAGAGCAAGCGGGAGAGUCAGGCCAGCACAACAGGCUGUCCACCUACGAUAACGUGCACCAGCAGUUCCCCAUGGUGAACCUUGAUGACAAGCAGAGUGUGGACAGCGCCACCUGGUCCACGUCCUCCUGUGAAAUCUCCCUCCCUGAGAACUCCAACUCCUGUCGCUCCUCCACCACCACCUGCCCGGAGCAAGACUUUUAUGGUGGGAACUUUGAGGACCCUGUCCUGGAUGGGCCCCCACAGGACGACCUUUCCCACCCUGGGGACUAUGAAAACAAAAGUGACCGGAGGAGUGUGGGAGGCCGCAGCAGCCGAGCCGCCAGCAGCAGCGACAACAGUGAGACGUUCGUGGGCACCGCCAGCAGCCACAGCGCAUUGCACAGCUUAGUUUCCAGCCUGAAGCAGGAAAUGACCAAGCAGAAGAUAGAGUACGAAUCCAGGAUAAAAAGCUUAGAACAGCGAAACUUGACUUUGGAAACAGAGAUGAUGAGCCUCCACGAUGAACUAGAUCAGGAAAGGAAGAAGUUCACGAUGAUAGAAAUCAAGAUGCGAAACGCCGAGCGAGCAAAAGAAGAUGCAGAGAAAAGGAAUGACAUGCUUCAGAAAGAAAUGGAGCAGUUUUUUUCCACGUUUGGGGAGCUGACAGUGGAACCCCGAAGAACCGAGAGGGGAAACACGAUAUGGAUCCAGUGAGCCUGCUUCAGCCUGCGGUCUCCCAUGGAUCUGGGAAGGACUUGGGGGGUUCUGGUGGAAAUAUUAAAUGGGACCAGGUGGCUGGUCACCUGGCCGUAUACAGUGGUCUCCCUGUGAAGGAAUAUCAUUUACAGACAUUAACCAUCCAUUUCUGCAGUGUGUACCAAAGUUAUAUUCCCAUGCCCAUAAUGCUACUGUCAAGUGUUACAACUGGAUAUGUGUAUAUAGAGUAGUUUUUAAAAAAGUAAACUAAAAAUAAGAAGCAUAUCUCAAGAAUUAUUUUAUUGCAAGCCUUGUAUUUAAAAUGUUAAAUCAAUAUGUUGUUGCAGUUUAGCUUGCUUUCAAGCUUCACCCCUUGCACUUAACAUAAGCUAUUUUUGGCAUUGUGUUAUCUAUCAUCAGCUUAUUUUAUAGAUCAAUAUUUUUAUUUCCUCUUUUGCUGAGGAAAUGAAGAUAAGCAGAUAUAUAAAUAUAUAUAAGAUGAGUUAUUAAAAUCAAAAGAAUACUUUGUG